AUGUCUAUCCAUUCUCUCUCUCUCUCUCUCUCUCUCUCUCUCUCUCUCUCUCUGUUACGUCUCUCCCUCUCUACCCUAACUUGCAUCUUCUUGGGUUAGGACUCACCCCAAGAAGGAAAGGAUUGAGAGGAAGAAGAAACAGAUCGGUUCUCGUUUAGGGUUUCCAAAUAUUUCCCCAUAAUAGUGGUCUCUAGAAGUUGGAAAAUUACUUGGACAUUAACCAGGAAGAGAGCGAAUCAAAAAUGUUUGCAAAGAAGGGGAAACAUAGGAACCCUUGCAAAAUCGAUAAGCAACAAGCUUGGUCUUAAUGGAGGCUCCGUUUUGUUCUCUUCUAUACCUUCUGGCUGGGGAAGGAAGGAGAGAGGUUGAAGUAGGGUUUUGGAGGAAAGGGAAGAUCUUCUUGCUUUUCCUGCAUAACCCAAAUCAAGCCUAACUGGAAAACCUUAGAUCUGAAUAUACCUAAUUUCUGAUAUGAUAUUGUGAAGGAAUUGAGAUGGAAGCUGGGAGAAAGGGUAAUGGUGAUCGUUUUGAAACAACCUGGUUUGCAGGUUUUGAAACCAUGUAAUAUUUUGCUAUAAGUAUCAAGGAAUCAAAGCUCAGUUGGAAGAGACCAUGGCUCCUUUACAUCUAAUUGGAGAUCUGUCCGCCAGUGUUGCUAUUUGGAACUGAGCUACUUCUUUAGUACGGCGAAUAAGUGUUGCCUUCGUCCCAAGAGCCAAACAUUUUCCCUUCUUUCCUCUCAAAGAAGCAGACAAGAACUGAUUAAUGUCUAAGUUGUCGAUUAAAGAUUUCCACCCCAAUGCAAACAAAGAAGCCAAUGUGUUGGCAUUUCAUGGAAAAUUAAAAACUUUGUGCUUAAGUUGCUCUCUAAUACUUUGAAACUUUAUAACAUUGUAACAAGAAGAGAGGCAGGAUAAUUCUUUGCUCUCUUUGUGCUCUCUCUCUCUCUCUCAAGAAUAAAAGUGAGGAAUUCUUCGCUCUCUCUUAAUAAAAGAAAAUUGUUUCAAGAAGGACACGUCAAGAAGAUCAAGAAGAGAGGCAAGGCAAUUUUCUUUGAUCUACUCUCUCUCUCUCUCUCUCUUCUCUCUCUCUCUCUCUCUCUCUCAGAGGAAAGUGUGGAAUUCUUUGCUUUUUCUCAAGAAGAGAAGAUUGUUUCACGAAGUACACAUCAAGAAGAUCGAGAAGAGAGGUAGGGCAAUUUUCAAACCAUUGGGUUUGAAUAGUCGACUCGGCACAGUUUAAGCUGGAGAACCACAGUUUGGGAUUGUUUCACUGGAGGAUUAAUCUGAACCGUUCAAUCCGGUAUGUCCAUGUGUUGACCUCUGCAAGAGGUAUUGUACAAAAUUGCAUGAGAUAGGAAUUGCAGAGGAUUUUUAUCCGGCGUAUGUGGUUCUUCCAGUCUUUCUUCCGAAAACGAUGAUGACGCCUCCUUCGAGAUUCCCCAGUCCCUCACAACGAGAGGUUUCGGAAACCGAAGAAACAGAGAUCGUUCCAUCAUCCUCAUCCUCAUCCUCAUCUUCGUCUUCCACCUUCAGAGACUUCAGAGCACUCGAUGACCGUAAGAAGUCUGGUCUUCAUCGCUGCAAAACUGCCCCUGCCAUGGCAGUUGUACGAGACCUUAGGCAGCACCAAACCCAGAUGCAAAAACCUCAGUUGGCUUCCAAUUCCAUCAUCAUCAAGCAAUCCAUCAUCUUCCUCAUCAUUUAUCUCUCUCUGGGUGUACUAAUCUAUUCCUUUAAUCGAGACUACUUCUCCGGCCUUGAGACCCAUCCCAUCGUUGACGCUCUCUACUUCUGCAUCGUCACCAUGUGCACAAUUGGGUACGGCGACAUCGCCCCAUUGACGCCCGCCACCAAAUUGUUCGCUUGCGCCUUCGUACUCGUGGGUUUCGGCUUCGUAGAUAUAUUACUAAGUGGGAUGGUUAAUUACGCGCUAGACUUGCAGGAGAACAUGAUCUUGACCAGCCUACGCGCCAGUGCCGGAGCAGGUAAUGGCGCCGGCACCGGGAGAUUCUCGGCCAAGAAGUACAUUUUUGACUUGGAGAAGGGGAGGAUGAGGAUCAGGAUGAAGGUGGGCUUGGCACUCGGGGUCGUAGUGUUGUGCAUUGGUACAGGGACUAUGAUCUUGUAUUUCGUGGAGGAUAUGGGGUGGAUCGAUUCUGUUUAUUUGUCGGUUAUGUCAGUUACGACUGUUGGUUACGGCGAUAGAGCCUUCAAGACUCUGCCUGGGAGGCUCUUGGCCUCUGUUUGGCUUCUCUUCUCCACACUGGCGGUGGCACGGGCGUUCCUUUUUCUGGCGGAGGCCAGGAUUGAUAAGAGGCACCGUAGAAUCACCAAUUGGGUUUUGCAUCGGGACAUCACUGUUCAGGACUUGCUUGCCGCCGAUAUCAAUCACCAUGGUUUCAUCAGUAAAUCAGAGUAUGUUAUCUACAAGCUAAAAGAGAUGGGAAAGAUAGAAGAGAAAGAUAUAUUGCAGAUCUGCAAUCAGUUCAGGAAGCUUGACCCCAAUAACUCAGGGAAGAUAACGCUGCCCGAUCUCUUGGAGAGUUAUAGAUGACAUGGAAAACUUGAUAAGACGUUUGUGGGACAGGAUUUCAUCAUGAAUGCGGAAAACCAUGUCCCAUACUUUUUUUGUGGUAAGGAUGUCCCAUACUGGGAGGGACGUGAAGGGCCUCUCUCUCUGUUUUUGGUCGUUGAAAAGGGCCUCUCACCGUAAAUUUGCUGGUGUAAAUGAAUAGAUGUUGUAUCUAGCACGAAUACGUAGAAAUUUAUAAUGCGAUUUUGGAUUAUGAGAGAGAGAGAGAACGAACGGAUGAGCUUUCACGAAGGGAAUUAUCCAAUCCAAGGGUGGUAGGCAAUUAAUCAUUCUUAUAAUAAAAAGGGGUCGUUUACCCAGUGUUGGUAACUUUAUGGAUAGUUUGAUCACAUAAUUCGUUACAAAGUUUUUCUACUGAAA